AUCGCUGUGGCUUCAGUUUCAGCACUGCAGCCGAGUUGUGCAGAGGUGAAAUCUCGAUCGCGCUCGUGAGUAACGUACCGUUUCAUGCCUUUGGAAGCAUCGUUUUUCCAGCGUGAAGAUUUGUUCUGUGUACUGAAUCCGUGCAAUACCAGCUCGUGCUCUGGCCGUUGACGAUCUUCCAGGUGAUCUCGCGAGUGAUCGUUUCCUAACCGAAGCCGAUGCCCUUACGGGAGUGAACAGGUCGUGGUGCGAAAUAGCGGGAUCUCCGCCAGAAGAGCGACACCGGAUUGGUGUGUACCCAGCGCUAGCGGCGCUGCUGUGGUGAACAGAGACAAAUUAAGGAACUUUGUCGCAAUAACGCAGCGCACCUCCCGGGGAAGGAUUAAUUGGAGAAAAAGGGUUCGUCGUUCGGGAACUGCCGCAGUCACUGGUGUAUUGGAUGCAAGAGGAAGAAAAUUAACUGCAGUUUUCUAACGAUCGUGUGUCUGUGUUUAUGGUUGCGCAUCUGCUGUUGAGGUUUUUCAUUUUUUCGAUGCUGCUGUCAGUGCCGUUGUGAGUUAUGGGAGUUUCCCAUUUUGGGUCGUACGGGUGCGUGUAGAAUUACGAUAAUCACGCUUUUGGCAUGAUUGUGCCUGAACUAGUUUGAGUAGCGCUCGUGUGCGUAAAGAAGCGAAAAGUAGAAUCUGCCUAACUGGAAAUUGAAUAAAUUUCGCCAAUUUGUACAAGUUGAGCAAUUGCGUUACUCGCGGCAUUCGCCUUGUAAGCUCGUGUUUUCCAUACCGCCUUCCGAUUGCGCAAGCCGCAAGAGAUAGCAAACCGGCAGAAGAUUCACGGCUCUUGGUGGUGUUUUUUUCGUGGUCAGAGGCUUGUCGAGUGGAAAGUGUAAAGAGUGCUCGGAUUCGGAACAACAGCAAGAAUAGUAGUGAAAAUGUUCGUUCGCAAGCGGGUUUUCAACCGGUGGCCUUCAACGAGAAUGCACCUUCUUGUGGUAAUUGCGCUACCGCUUCUUCUAGUGGUGCUACCGAAUGCGAGCGGCAAGGAUACAUCGGGUCAGGAGUCUGCGGGGCAAGAUUUCGAAAUCCGAUCCCUUUCCGGCGAACCGGACUACAAGUCGGUCAACUUAACCUGGGAAGUCGAGGCGUGGAACAGCGACGAAGAAGAGGAUAUACAUCACGGCCACUAUGGCGGCCGCCAGGGACGUUCCUUUAACGUUUACUACUGCGAGCUGCAAAACUGGGGUCCCCAUCGGUGUCGUUCAAAGAUUCUUACCGACAAUUCCGAUGACAGCGGGAGCAGCAAGCAGUACACGAUGACGGUAAAAAAUCUCCGAAUGGCCACCAAGUAUUCGUUCCACGUGAAACCACAGGUUAAACGAGGAGAUCAGCGUGCUAGCGGGCGAUCGGGGCACAGUGGAGACGAAAUGGAUGGUAUCAGUCCAGGACAGACGGUCAUAAUUCCAACGAAAGGAUUUUCGGCUCACGCCACGCAAUGUCUACCGCACGCAUCGGAGAUCGAAGUUGAAACGGGUCCACACUUUGGUGGUCGCAUUGGUUCCGAGAAUGGUCAAUGUGGCAUUCAGGGAGACGCCAACAGCCCACAGGAAAGUUACGUUCUAAGAAUUGAGCAUGAAAAAUGUGGCAGCCGGGUUAGUCCUGCGGAUUUGACGGUGGAAACCUACAUCACCGUGCAGGAGAAUUUGGGCAUUUUGACUCACAGCACGCGCAGAUUUGUGGUGGUUUGUACCUUCCAGCCGGACACUUUGACUGUGCGUGCCCGCCUGGCACUGCCAGGCAAGGGAAAGGGUGGAGCGGCCCCCGCUCCGGCUAGCGAUUGGUGGCCUGCCACCGGAAGAAACGGUCGCGUCCGGCAGUUCAAUAUGGUCGACAAAACUGGUUUGGUGUUGAAGACUUCCGACGAGGAAGAAGUCGAGGAUAUUUUGCCAGCACAGGUGAAGGAAGUUCAGGAGAAGGACCUGAUCAAGCAGAGCGUAAUAGUGGCGAAUGCAACGGAAAAGACACCGAAACAUGAAAUCAGCUCCAAAGAGAAUGAGAUAACGGAUAAGAAGACAAACCGUCGGCGCUCGGACAAGACGGAUGCAUACCGGGAUGCCAAGUAUGCGAGAUUAUUCGAGAGCAAGGUUCCCACUGUGAUGAAUGACGAUGUGGGCAGCGGAGCUGCGACGAGCGGUACAGGAAACAGUGGACAGGAACGAUACAGUGCCAGAGCGUCCAGCGAUGACAACGAUGUCAGCAGUCGAACGAUGGACAUUACCAGUCUGCUGAUCUCCGCCUGUUUGGCUGUGAUAAUGAUUGGUGCCUUUGUGUACGUGCUACAGAAAGAGUUCAAAAAGCAGCGAAUAAUCCAGCAGCAUCACCAGCACCAGCGCGAGCAGCGACCCCCGAAUCGAAUGGCAUCGUUCUAGGGUUAUGGUGGUGAAAAGGUGAGCACCCUUUCUCUGGUUCCUCUUCCGGAGUAACAGCGGGUGUCUGUCGAUGGUAAGUGAUAACAGUAGGUUUACAGUAAGGUUAAUUUUAUCUUAAACACAAUCAUGACUGGAAACGUUAAGAGUAAGUUUUAAUUUUCUAGUUGAAUGUGAGGUUUCUCCCAUCACGACGAGUGAAAUAUGCUUUUUUGUUUCGUUGAAAUUCUCGCCUUCAAAGCUCCUUGCUCAGCUCUUCUUUUGAACUUUGUUUCAAUUUCAUCAAUACCGAUUUGAGGCGCACCAAUUUCAAUUCCUCGGAAAACGACUAAGCAUAUUGCGGUUGUUCGCCCUCGAUUGAAAACUAUCGCUAGAACCUCACGUUUCAGAUUAAGAUUUAGAUAUUUUAGGUGUACUUACCGAUGCAGGCAAUGCGAUAAGGCAAAAUGAAACAGGCUUAGUUCGGGAUAAAUAAGCCGAUAGUAGCUUCCAUUUUCAAAUGGUUUAUCAUACGUUUACAGUAAUUUCGACUUAAUGCUGAGAUGAACAUAAUCAUUCACUCAUUCAAAUGACUGUAAUAAAACUCAUUUUAUUCUAGUA